AUGACUACCCCUCAAAACGAAUCGCUGCAAGCCAUAAAGGAGUACGCCGACGACUACGAUCUUGACCUGUCGUGGCUGGACACGCGUGGCGAGUGGGGCAUCAAGGCUGCACCUGACCCUAAGCGCGGCAUGACGCUAUCUAGCAUUGAGAUAGGCUCGUACGGCGAGGCACCGGACACCACCGAUAACAUGACCGGCAGGCCUCGCGGCGCGGCUCAGCGCCCUGACGCAUAUCGCAUCGGCGGCUAUGGCGUGCGCACGAAGUCCGAAAUCUGGCUGGACAACGCAGCAGCGCUCUACGAAGAGUCGUUGCAGCGCCAGUGGAGUUCGGCGACAGACAUCCCCUGGCACACCAUCAAGCCGCUGCCGGACGACAUAGAGCGCGCCCAGUGCCAGCUCGACACCUUCCUCACGGAAGUGGAGUUCGUCGCCGCGGACAUCCCCGCACGCUGGGUGGCAACGACCAGCCCCGACUACUUCGAGCCGCGCAUGUUCCUGCUGUCGCAGAUAAUGGACGAAUCGCGCCAUCUCGAUGUGUUCCGCAAGCGCGCGCUCGCCAAUGGCGGCGGACUGAUGCAGCGCCCCGACAUCACCACCAGCGGCGUCGUUGGCAGCAUCGACCUGUCGCGCGAAUUCACCGAGAUGUCCUCUCGCCUCCAUAUCUCCGGCGAGGGUGCUGUGCUGACGCUUUUCCGCAUGGGCGAGCUGAUGUCAUACAACGAAGCCGAAAAGCGCAUCUACCGCCUCGCCGCACAGGACGAGUCGCGGCAUGUCGCCUUCGGCGUGAUGCACAUGCGCUACCUGUCCGAGACUGAGCCGGACCGCCGCGAAGAGAUUCACUGCUACCUCGAUGAGGGCGAGCGCGGUCUGCUCGCGGGCAACCAGAAUCCCGCGGCGAUAGACACUCCCAGCAGCGAGGCUAUGGCGAUCCUGCUCGGCGGCGGCAUCAACCAGUACGACGAAGGCGCGCGCAAGCUGAUGGCGAUUCGCCGCCGACAAGUGCGCGAGUAUGUACAGCGCAUCCGCUCCGCAGGCUUCGGCGAGCGCUUCGACAACGGUCGAGCCGAUCCGCGCCUGUUGCAAAUCAUGUGGAGCUAA